AUGCUGCGUGCUCUUCCUGUCUCGAGGGCAGUCGGCGCACCUUCGGGCAGGGCCGCGGUCCGCGUCGUCCGUCGCAGGCUCGCGACAGAGACGACCCCCACGCCACCCAAGAAAACGAAAAGCGUCGUCCGCCGGCUUGUAUUCUAUUCCGCGGCCGGCGUCACCACCUUCUACGUCGGCAGCGCCUUCGUGUCCUUCCAGGUGCCCCAGUACCGCGAAAUCUUCGUUGGUCAGGUCCCCUUGGGCUCGUCCGUCGUGCAGUAUGCGGAAGACCACGAUUGGGACAGCCUCUCCGUGGACGACGUCAUCGAGGCGGGCGCGAACGCCUUCGUCCUCUCCAAGGAGUACUUUGACAAGCUAGUGGCUAUGGUCAGCGGCGACAAGGCCAAGGACGCGCUCGAGAAGACCAAGGAGAAGGCGUCCAAGGCUAUCGAGCAGGGCGAAGCUAAGGCCAAGUCCGCCUUACGGAGCGUCAAGACCACCGUGCAGAAGGCGGAGGCGGAGGUCGCAGACAAGUCCGCCAAGGCCGCGGCCAUCGCCCGGCACCAGUCCGUUCAGUUCUCGGAGGGUGUGGAAGACUUGGUGCGCGCUGCAGAAGCCGCGUUGGCGGACAAGGCUGCAGGUGCGAAACCGGAUGCCACCACCACUCCCGAACAGCCUGCUGUCGGCGGUCCGGACGCUGUCCCUCCAGUGUCGGAAACUCCUCAGGAUCCCAACGUCUACAACCUCCCCCUUCCUGUUGGUUUCGAGCCUCCCCCAGGCUACUCUAGGCCGAAGCCGCCACCGAAGCCGAAGUCCGUCAAAUCCGAAACUACCCCUCCUCCACCUGCGCCCGACCCCCUUCCUCUUGUUGCGCCCGCAAUCGCUGAGUUCAGCGCGUCCGAACCCGUUAUCGCUCAGCUCGCCACGGUCAUCGAUGACCUCGCGUCCUACCUCAACUCGAACCCGGCCGCAGCGGACAAAGCACGCGACAUCCUCGACACAGCCAAGAUCGACCUCACCCAGCUUGCGACGCGCAUUGAGGAUAUCAAGGCUGCCGAGGCGAAGAAGCUUGAGGCGUCGCUUGACGAGCAGGCGCGCGAAUGCAUGCAGUCGCUCAUGGACCUCGAGAUGCAGGCGCAGGACAAGCUCGACAGCCAAGAAGACAGCUUCCGCAAGUUCUUCGAGGCGGAGCGCGCGAACAUGAUCACGGAGUACCGUCAGAGGCUCCAGAACGAGCUCCAGACGCAGAGCGAGAUCAUCAACGAGCGCCUCAACGCGGAGGUCGUCGCCCAGGGCAUCGAGCUUCAGCGCCGCUGGAUUCGCGAGAUCAAGAUGCGCGUCGAGCAGGAGCGCGGCGGCCGCCUCGCGAAGCUCGACGAGAUCGCAACCAACCUCAAGCGCCUGGAGCGCGUCGCACUCGACAACUCGGCCUACCUGGACGAGAACCUCCGCGUGCACGCGCUCUGGUCCGCCCUGCGCGCCGUCGGCCACGUCCUCGACGCGCCGGAGCGCAAGCCCUUCCGCGAAGAGCUCCGCGUCCUCCGCCACGCGGCCGCGGCACGCGAAGACCCCGUCGUCGCCGCGGCACUCGAGACGUUGGAGGCGUCGGACGUCCCCGACGUCGGCAUCGAGCCCCUCGCGGACCUCACGACGUGGUUCACGGCGAGCGUGGCGCCGCACGUGUCGAGUGUUGCGCUCGUCCCGGACCAGAACGCUGGCGUGCUCUCCUACCUGGCGUCGAACCUCUUCUCGUCGUUCCGUUUCCAGCGCCACGGGCUCGUCGAGGGCUCGGACGUGCUCAGUGUGCUCGCCCGCGCGGAGUACUACCUGAACGAGAAGGACCUGGACACGGCUGCCCGCGAACUCAACCAGCUCAAAGGCCCCGCAAAGGUCCUCGUGUCGGAUUGGCUCGAUGCGGCUCGCAAACGGCUAGAGGUCAUCCAGGCAUUGCAGGUUGUCGAGACGGAGGCCACAUUGGCAUCGCUCUUGGUGGUACAGGACUAG